AUGUCAACGGCCCAGGCUGAAAAUCCAAUCCUACGGUCGUUAAAUGCGGCUCAGCGCCGUGCUGUUACUUCCAAUGCAUCGACAGUCGCUAUUCUAGCAGGCCCGGGUAGUGGCAAGACGCAUACUCUAACAUCACGCGUCGUAUGGCUGGUGCAACAAACUGGCUACCAGCCGUCAGAUAUCGUUGUGGCAACAUUCACGGUGAAGGCAGCCCGGGAAAUGAAGGAGCGAAUUGGCAAGGUCCUUGGCCCAGAAUGCGAGAGGAAGAUUGUACUCGGCACCUUUCACUCCAUUGCUCGGCGGUACCUCAGUGCCUAUGGCAAGCAUAUAGGCCUCGACUCCAAGUUUGGCAUCGCGGAUGAUGGCGAUUCUAGGGCAAUUAUUCAGCGGAUAUGCAAACGGCACGACUUCAACAUUGAUCCAGGGUUCGCAAGGUCAUGGAUCAGCAAGAAAAAGGCCAAGGGCCAUGCAACGGAACCAGCCUCAAACAAGAAGCAGCCCGAGAAUCCAUCCCUGAAUGAGUGCUACAGGGAGUACCAGGAGCACUUGGAACGAUCAAACUUAUUGGAUUAUGAUGAUCUGCUAGUGCGCUGUGUUGAGCUUUUGAGGGAAUAUCCCGCCUGUGUUUCAAACAUCCAAGCAGUUCUCAUUGAUGAGUACCAGGACACAAAUGGCAUCCAGUAUGACUUGAUGAAAUUAUUUGCACAAGCCCGCCAACGAAUAACAAUUGUUGGUGAUCCCGACCAAAGUAUCUAUGGCUGGCGGUCGGCCGAGAUCCGAAAUUUAUACCGUUUACUACGAGAUUAUCCCGAAACCGACGAGAUAUCCUUGGAGGAAAAUUACCGAUCAUCUCAGUCAAUUCUCGACGUUUCAUUAACAGUAAUUCAACAAGAUAAGAAGAGAUAUCAAAAAGUCCUUUUACCGGUCCAUACAAAAGGUGCAAGGCCAGUUCUGCGAAAGUUGAAGAGCUCUGCCGCCGAAGGGGACUGGAUCGUGUCGGAAAUUAAACGGGCUGUCAUGAUGUUUGGGGACAUGCUCACAUAUGAAGAUGUGGCUAUUCUUUUGAGGUCUGCUUCUCUUUCCAGGCAUAUCGAGGCGGCACUGGGAAAGGCGGGGCUGGCUUAUCGGAUGAUUGGAGGCCACAAGUUUUAUGAACGAAAGGAAAUCAAGAUUUUGCUGGAUUACUUGCGCGCAAUCUAUCAGCCAGACAACAACGACGCCAUUGCCCGAAUCAUCAAUGUCCCGCGUCGAGGAAUUGGAGACACGACAAUCAAGCGACUUAUAGAAGAGGCUGAGCAACAGAAGAUGAGUCUCUGGUCACUAUUAAGGAAGCAUUGCCAGGGUACUCGUAAAGCCACGACAAAGAUACUGCCUAAGAUGGAACAGAAACUCAACACUGAGCUACUGAGAUUGAUAUCAAACCUUCAAACCCAGGCCCAGCAAAUCACAGAGAACUCUCAACAAGACUUGGUUAGUCUGAUUGAAAAGUUGCUGUCGCAGCUCAAUUUCAAGCAAUACCUCGAGUCGGAGUAUCCUGAAGACCAUGAGCAGAGAUGGCAAAGUGUUCAAGAAUUCCUCAGCUUGGCAAACGACUUUGUACGCGAUUCAGCAAAUCUAGAGGACGAACUGUUACCUGAAAUUGAGAAUGUCGAUCAGGUGAAAGAUGAUAGUAUCUUGGGCCGCUUCUUGGCAAAUGUGGCGCUGGCAUCAGAUGCUCAGAAAAACGACGACGGAGCGGAGAAAAAGUCCCUGAUAACUAUAUCAACUAUCCACGCCGCGAAAGGGCUCGAGUGGCCCAUUGUGUUUGUACCGUCCGUCUAUGCUGGCUCCAUUCCCCAUUCAAGGGCUGAGGACUUGGAUGAGGAAAGACGAUUACUCUAUGUAGCCAUGACCAGAGCGCAAGUGCUGCUCUAUCUUAGCUGUCCCUUGUACGGGUCUCAAGGCAUGGGCACAAAGGUCGAGCUAUCGCCUUUCGUCUCACCAUUUGCCUCAGCAGCCUUUGCCAAGCAGGGGACCUCGUUUAACAGACCAGUCCUAGAAGUGGUCGCAAAAAUCCUUGGAAGAGAUCUUCCCAGCGAGAAGGCUAUCUUUGCCAAACUCCCGGCCAUGUUUUCCCCAGAGGACAACCUGUUUCCCGUAGAUCCGGUCGACACAAGAGAUGCGGAAGGCCUAGAUGACUCGGAGGGAUAUCGUCCCAAAGGCACCAAACGACAGCGCUUAAACAACCAGGGCUAUAACAACGACGACGAAGAAGCUGUUGAGGAGCGACCAUGGCAGAAGGAAUACAGCACAACCAUGGAGCAAGCGUCCAGCUUUACCAUGGCGUCCUUACCCGGGUUCGUGUCGGCCGGAGCGCAUCAAAACGCCCUCUCUGCGGCUGCAGCCGAGGCAGAGAAGGCAGCAGCAGCCAAAAAGGCCGUCAAGAUGGGGACAACUCGUCGAAAAGCAGACCAGACUAGCCUUCUUGGAUUCCUACCUGCCGUCGACCCCUCGUUGGCGAAGCACAAACUCGCCAGCGGCAAUGCCCUGAACCGGCCCAGCAGUAUAAAGAAGGAAGACGAGGAAGGCGGUUCUAAGAAGCGGUAUCACUGCUUCUCCAGCUCACCGCCAAGACCAGCUGGAACCGAAGAUGUUAAAGAAGAGACAGCCACACAAGAGGCUUCUGUCCCUGAUCGCCCUGCCUCGAGCUUUCACAGGACGACGUUUGUUUCUGCGACGGCCAGGGGCGGCGUAAGGCCCACCCGAGCCGCCUUUUCCACUUCGGGACGCAUGCUCAAACCGGCAGACGCAAGCAUCUCUACCUCUACACGAAGCUGGAGGAAUUUAUCGCCCCAAUCCCGUCGGUACAUCGCAUACGGAGUUGCGACGUGCUUGGCCGUGGAUGGAUAUCUCGUGUACAACUAUGCGCCUUGGAUCGUGGGUUUGGAGAAGAGGGAUUAG